AUGCUUACAAUCCUUGACCAUGCUUUAGUUUGGCAAAGCACUUCUCGUCUCGCUCGUCGGGCAGAAUGCCGAGCAUCCAUCCUCUCGCUCAGCAGGGCAAAUCUUGCUGCUUUCCAUGCUCCCUUACACUUCUCCACAUGUGAAGCGGGGCCCAACCCUCUCCCGCCUCUCUCACACAAGCCCGAGGUUGGUUGUUGCGUUGUGAAGUACACAGUACUCAGUACAACUGGCACGUCCGUCGUUGGAAACUCACAGGUGAUGCCACAUAUCGAGGUACAUGCUCAACUUGGGCUGAGAAUCCGUCCUUCGUCCCCCCACCGAUCAUUGAGUAGACCCCAUCAUCCAUCCACCCAUCAUCAACCCGCAUUUCCGCUUUGCAUCGCACGUUCCGCCGACUCGCAUCCGGACCCUAGUGCUGUCUGGUCCUGGUCCUCGCGUUUCCCGACACGUCGAUACCGGACCCGUACCUACCUCUCUACGUGCUCGUACCUCACCCUCGGUGCCUGACGAAGCAACCUAGAAGAGAAGAAAAAA